AUGUCUAGUUCUCACUGGACCCAACAAUUUCCAGAUAUGGAAACUCUGGAAAAGGUCCUCCGAGUUGUUACUAGAGAAGAGCUUAAGCCCUCACCAGGAAAGCCCACCUCCUUGGAGGAUCCUGAAAUUACCUGGAUACUUAAGGAUGAGAAGGCACAUGGAAUCAUUCAGGAUCACAUCUCUGAUGCCCUCCUAAUGAGGACUGGAGACCUCACCAGCUCCAAGGACAACUCACCAAAUUGUCCUAGGCCUUUGCUCUUCUUCAAUCUCUCUCAUGAACUCCUGAAUGGCAAAUAUUUCAUUGAGAUUUGGAUCACUGCAGAAGUUGCACGACAGUCAGGAAAGGCCCCUGGAGGUUCCAAAUCAGCACUCAAGUCCAAGGAGAAGUGGUGUGACUUCCACAAAGCAAAAUUGCACAACACCUUGGAGUGUCGAACACUUCAGUCAGCUGGAAAAUGUCAAAAGAAGAAGGGAAAGUAG